UUUCUUGAUUCUACUCAAACGGCUCAGCCGCAUUCAAGGAAAAAGUUGUUCCCCUCUUUAAAACUGACAACUAUUAAGUGGCGCUGUGUGGCACAUUUCUCCUGUCCAACCACCCUGACGGCCUUUAAGUUCAUCUACAUAAUACUCAAUAUCAUAGCAGUCAAUUUAAAAAUUGGAGUCCUCUAAAGCUUGAUGAUGCUAACGAAAACGUGGGUUCAGAAAAUUGGUUUUGUUUUGAGUUUGCUGGUUUGUUUGUUUUUAUGCGGUUCAGUUGUGAGUGGUGCUAAUACCGCGGCGGAGGAGUGCAACGAUGUGUUCCAGAAGAUGAUGACAUGUUUGGAUUUUGCUAAAGGGAAGAGCCCAACACCUUCCAAGGAGUGUUGCACUUCCAUUAAGGAUAUAAAAGAAAGCAAACCCAAGUGCCUGUGUUGUAUCAUUCAGCAAAGUCAUGGCGGAACUGACAUGCUCAAGAGCUUGGGUGUGCAGGUGUCAAAGCUGCUUCAGCUUCCCACUGCUUGUCAAUUACAAAAUGCUACCAUCACUGACUGCCACAAGCUUUUAGGUCUAUCUCCUAGCUCUGCGGAUGCGGCAAUCUUCACAAAUGCUUCCACGACAGCUGCGCCCAUGACAACCUUGGGGGCAUCGUUACCAGACAAAGCUGAUUCUGCUCCAAAUGCGGCCAAACAUGGGCUGUGUCUUGUUGGGCCAACCCUGGUAAUCACUAUGGUCGCCUUUCUCCUGGCUUCGGCUACCGGGUCCGAAUCUAUGCUUAUUGUUCAAUAAAUGGGGUUAAAAAAUUAUCGUCACGGGCUUGCAUGAAAACUCUAUUUUCUCAUCGCUUUCAUUGUUGUUUUUCUUGACUUUUUAGGACCAUGUUCAUCUUUAUUGACUUACAAAGCAUUAUCCCCUCAACUCAAGGCAAAAUAGGGAUUUUAUAUUAUUUUAUUCUUAAUUUAAAAUUAUAUUAAUUUUGAGUUA